UAGGAGAGGGAGCACAAAUCUCGGCGUAAAGUGUCUUCAGAAGGUACAAUAAUGUUUAUACUUAUUAAUCCUUUCUUCGUAGAAAAUCCAUCUGCUUCUUCAUCUAAAGUGGCGAUGAGCGUUAUGGCUGCAAAAGAUGCCUUGGAAAAGGCUAAAAAGGCCGAACAAGUACAAAAACAGAUUCAAGAACACCUUAAAAAGAUUAAUCUUACCAAAAAACUAUUGCCAACUACGGCAAAUUUGGGUAUAAGACCAUUAUUGCUAGACAGUCUAGGUCAAGUUCUUGAUGAAUCAGGAAAUGUGCUAAAGCAAAAGCCAAUUAUUCAUAGCACCUUGAAGAUUAAUCGUAAUUUGACACUUGAGAAGCAGAAGAAGGAAGUUGUUGAAAAAUCGGCGAAAAUAGCUGAAAAGGCCGAACGAACACAGUACAUGGAUCCAACCCUAAAUACAAUCAAGAAAAGGAAACGCGCCGCAUUCAAUUUUGUAGAACCUGGUACAUACAUAAAGCAGGAAAGACAACUUCAAAGGCAACAGGAGCAAAAAGCCUACGGAUUGAACAAAAAUAACUUGGCUAUGCAAAAGAAACUAGUUUUGGAACAACAGGACCAACGAUCAAAUGCGCGACUGAAACUAAGUAUAGCAGAGGAAAAAGGAAUUAGCGUUGGUGAGGUAACCGAAGAUUUAUCAAGCAUUAACCCUAAUCUUAUUCCAAUAAAGAAGGGGUUGAAACUAGAGAAGAAAGAUUCUUGGGAUGAUGAAGAACCGUCACUUGAAUGGUGGGAUCGCGGAGUAAUACUAUUGAAGAACGGAGAAGAUCCGUUUAAGACAGCGAAUGCAAAAAAGCACCAAUUCCUUGUUAAUAUUGACCCAGAGGAAUGCGUUAUAAAUGACAAAAAAUUCACAACAUAUAUCGAACACCCAUGUAAACUAGAUGGUAAAAAGAAAAAGCCCAAUCAGAUACCUGAAAUUAUACUGACCAAAAAGGAAAGGAAACGCUUGCGUAGGCUUAAACGGCAAGAACGCCUGAAAAAAAUACAAGACAAAAUUCGUAUAGGUAUCCUUCCUCCACCUCCUCCUAAACUUAAGCUUUCCAACUUGAUGCGGGUCUUAAAAGAUCAGUCCGUGGCAGAUCCAUCCAAAGUUGAGAAACAAGUCAGGGAGCAAAUGGAAGAACGCUUGCGCAACCAUGAAAAACGGAAUGAAGAGAGAAAACUGACACCAGAACAAAGAUCCAAAAAACAUGCUAAAAAAUGGCAGUUGGGUAAACACGAAGAUAUUGAAGCUGCAUUGUUUACCCUAAAAUCCUUGGCAAAUCCAAGAUUGCUAUUCAAAGUAGACAAAAAUGCGCAGCAAUUUCAUCUGACUGGUUGCUGUGUUUUGGUCAACAAUGGCCCUGCAUUUGUAGUUGUAGAGGGAAGCAAGCUGUCGAUAAAGAGGUACACGAAGCUACUAAUGAGGAGGAUUAAAUGGGAUGACUAUGAAUUGCAAAGUGAUAUAGUUAACCUACAAAAAACUGAUGAUAACUUUUGCAAGCAUGUCUGGGUAGGCAGCGUCAAGAAGCGAAACUUUCCUCAUUGGAGUGUCUAUCCGGUUGAAUGUGACGAAGAAAUCGUGGAACUACUCAAGCAAUUCAAAGCUCUGCACUAUUUUGAGAUGGUACAGAAGUAUAGAGAUCCACUUGACGAUAUUUAA